AUGAACCAGCUGCAGGCUAAUCGUGCUGAUAUUGUGACCUUGGAUGCAGGAGAGCUUUAUUCAGCUGUGAAGCAGUUUGACCUCGUUGCCGUUGCUAAAGAGCUUUACAGAGACGGAGGCUGCAUUCUGUCUGUGGCUGUGGUGACAAACCGCAACUUGGAUGUUCGGUCCCUGCGGGGCCACAGGAGCUGUCACAGCGGGCUUCGGUGGACAGCUGGAUGGAGCCUCCCGCUCGGCUUCCUGCUGUCCAGGAACUACCUGAGCUGGUCCAAGGAGCAUCCUCUCAUCCGGGAUGUCGGCGACUUUUUUGCUGCCAGCUGUGUUCCUGGAGGCGCCGCCAUGGCACCUGCUUUGUGCUCUCUGUGUCAAGGACAAAAGUCUUUCAUUCGUCAGAAGAAUCAUCACUGUGAGACUUCCCACAGCGAGCCUUUCUACAACAACCAGGGAGCCCUGAGGUGUCUCAGGAGUGGGGCAGGUGAUGUUGCAUUUGUGGACCAUUUUGCUAUUGAAGCUAUUGAUGCCAGUGAACAAAACCAGUUCAGGUUACUUUGUCCUGAUGGGACACAAGCUCCUCUGAGCCACUUCAGGAGCUGCAAUCUGGGCCGUGGUCCUGGAGGGGGAAUGGUCACCAGACACAAUUUUCGCAAAGUUGUCCGCAGGUUUAUAACAACUGUGCAGCUGCUCUUUGGUCAGAAAGGAAAAGAGAGGCAACGCUUCCAACCUUUCAACUCAUCAUCUUAUGGAGAGAGGGACCUCCUCUUGAGAGAUGUGACAGAUAAGCUGGUUGUUCUGCCAGAUGAUGUGGACAUCAGCCAGGUGUUGGGGCUGGAUUAUGUUGCUCUUCUCAAAGGUCUUGGCCAUGAAGGAAGCUCCCUUGAGGACAGUGUUGUCCGUUGGUGCUGCAUCAGCUAUGCCGAGCAGAAGAAGUGUGAGCAGUGGGCUCUCAGCGUUAAGUCGGACCCUCUGGUGUGUGUCCAAGCUGUCUCGAUGCGUGACUGUAUUGAGAAGAUCAAGAGGGAUGAGGUGGACGCUGUCUCGCUGGAUGCAACUCACUCAUUCAUUGCAGGAAAAUGUGGUCUCACCCCCGUGGUAACAGAAUAUUAUGGAAGAACAUGCGUUCUUGCAGAAGGAUCAGCUCAUUUAGAGACUGACGUUUUUCCCUCGGUUGUGGGUGUAGCGAUCGCGAAGCGCUCCAGCAGGAAUGUGUACAUCGGGAAUCUAGGAGGCCGGCGCUCGUGUCAUGGCCAUAUGUACAGUCCUGCAGGAUGGCUGCUGCCGUACACGCACACACUGAGCCUGGAGCACGUCAGCACCCCCUGUAAUCCAAACCAAGUGUACAAUGAAGUAUUUUGGAAAGGCUGUCUUCCUGGCUCUCAGGGGAAUCUGUGCAAAGUAUGUAUGGGAGGAACUGGGGAGGCUGCGACCAAACGCUGCACUGACAACCACAAUGAGCGUUACUAUGGCAAUAUGGGUGCCUUAAGGUGUUUGGUUGGAGAUCCAAGUGGGAAAAGCUACGGUGACGUGGCCUUCCUGGAGCAGCACAACCUCCUCACCAACAUCCUCAGUUUGAACUCCACCGGGUGGAUGGAGGGAUUGAGAUCAUCUGAUUUUGAGCUCCUGUGCCCAGAUGGGCGCCGUGCUGCUCUGUCAGAGUGGGAGAGUUGUAACCUGGGAGCCAUACCACCAAACAUCGUCAUGACCCGACCAGUGCUCGCUGCACGAGUGUACGACUUUCUCAUAAAGUCACAGGGGAUCCUUGCUCUGAAGCCCUGCAAUGAGUGA